CGGCCGCCGAGGGCGUACCGCUCGGGACCCCAGCCGGAGUCUCAGAGAAGCGUUGUGCAGCAAGGCCAAGGGCACAGCCAGAGCUCCCAGAGUCCAGCCCCUAGGGUCGUCCUCCCCACCAGCCAGAGGCCCGCCCACAGCCCGUGGAACGCCACGCCUGCAGCCCGCCCCCGCCAUCUGCGCUCCGCUCCGCCGGCUCCCGAGCCUUCAGCCUUUGGUGAUUUCCAGGACCUAAGGUUUCGGUAUUAUCUUCGGGGCUGCUUCACCCGGAGUAGGCUUCUUUAGCUUGUGACCUUCAGCAGAUGUCUGCCGCUUCCAGCAUGAGAGUCUUGUUGCCUGUGUUGCUGGCAGCCCUUCUGGGUGUGGAACAAGUCCAUUCCCUGAUGUGCUUCUCCUGCACCGAUCAGAAGAACAAUAUCAAUUGCCUAUGGCCGGUAUCAUGCUCCGACACAGACAAUUACUGUAUCACGUUAUCUGCUGCCGCGGGCUUCGGGAAUGUCAACCUUGGCUACACCCUGAAUAAGGGUUGCUCCCCCACCUGCCCCCGUGAAAACAUCAAUAUUAACCUCGGUGUGGCGUCCGUGAAUAGCUACUGCUGCCAGAGCUCCUUCUGCAAUUUCAGCACGGCUGGCCUUGGACUUCGUGCUAGUAUCCCACUGCUGGGCCUUGGACUCCUGCUCAGCUUGUUGGCUGUGCUGCGGCUGAGCCCCUGACCGCCCCCAUGUGUUCCCCACAUCCCCCCAGCUCAGGAAGAAAAGCCCAGCUCCUUUUAGGUCCCAGGGGACCCUAGGAGCCUUCAGCUCCUCCUGGGUGUGUCUAGUUCCCCUUCACACUCUCUCAGCAUCAGGGCUAAGUACCAAAUUCACCCAUAUCUGCUCUGUUGAAAUGGUACUGGCUACCCUUGCUUCCAGAGCCAGUCUUAUAACCUCCUUUGGGGAACCAGGGAAGGGGUGAAGAUCUCCUUGGAAUCUCAAGAAUACAGAGUCAGCCUUGAGUCCUGGGGGCACAAUGACAAGGAUGUCUAACCCAAAUGAAUGUGCACCUGUGUUGCUCACGGUAUCCGUGUGUGAAUGAAGCCACUAGGAUUCUGGGAUGGGUAAAGAAGACCUGAAAGAUUCUAGAGCAGAAGGCCUGUGUCUCCAUCAAAACCUCUUCCCCGGAAUUACUGUACUCAUGUUGCAUUCCCUGUGCAGGAGGCUGCUCACAGAGGGCUGCCGUCCCUCCAGAUGAAGGCUCCAACCCCCAGAUCCAGUCCCUCCCUGCCCUCUCUGCCCACACUGGCUUCCUGCUGCUAUUCUAGUGCCUCAAAUAAACUGUUCCCACCCAUU